GACAGGUUCACAUUAGUGUCGGCGUGUGACUGGCUGUUACGACGCGCUAUUGAAUUGAAUGGCGCUGCCACUGAUGGUGGUGAAGCUCCUCGCCUCUUAAAGUGAAAGCUCAGUGUACCCUAUUUGAGGAAACAGGCCCGACAGCUGGAGAAUGAACUUGAUCUGAAGUUGGUGUCUUUCAGCAAACUGUGCACCAGUUACAGCCACAAUAACUCCAGAGAGGGAAGGCGCGACAGGUAUAGCUCGGACACAACUCCACUACUAAAUGGAUCAAGCCAAGAUCAUAUGUUUGAAACAAUGGCAGUGGAAAUUGAGCAGCUUCUGGCAAAGCUUACCGGGGUAAAUGACAAAAUGGCUGAAUACAGCAGCACGGCGGGUGUGACGUCUAUAAAUGCUGCAUUGAUGCACACGUUACAGAGGCACAGAGAUAUCCUGCAGGAUUACACACAUGAAUUCCACAAAACUAAAGCCAACUUCCAGGCAAUCCGAGAAAGAGAAGACCUCUUGGGAUCAGUACGAAAGGAUAUUGAGUCAUACAAAAGUGGAUCUGGAGUCAACAACAGACGAACAGAACUAUUUUUAAAAGAACACGAGCAUCUCCGUAGCUCGGAUCGUUUAAUAGAAGAAACCAUAAGUAUUGCUAUGGCCACAAAGGAAAACAUGACGUCGCAGAGGGGAAUGCUGAAGUCUAUUCAGAGCAGGGUCAACACCUUGGCCAAUCGUUUUCCCGCACUCAACAGCCUCAUCCAGAGAAUUAACCUGAGGAAGCGCAGAGAUUCGCUCAUCCUGGGAGCAGUUAUUGCCAUUUGCACUAUUUUGUUACUGCUCUACGCUUUCCAUUGACGACUGGCACUUCACAGACUAAUCAACCACAACCAAGGGCGCAAUCCAGCCGUCAGCCCGACCCGCAUGGUGAGCGGAAGUCCCAGUUGAGUGCUCACAACCUGUAGAUAAGGGAGCGGGAUAUCUUAAACCAAUUUACAUUUUCUAUUGGAAAUCAUCCUAGCGCUGGCAGUAUCCCUGUGUUAGCCAGCCCUACGCACACACGCCAACCUGUUUAUUGUAGCCAUGAUGUAUCUGGACAUAUAGACGUGUUCUAUAUAAGGGAUUGAACAUACAUUGUGCUCUGCUGAUUGCCUGAACAGUCACUGCAGAAUAAUUCUACAGUUACUCAUUUAUUCACAAAUUCAUUCCCCCCAACCGCAAUGGUAUCUACUAAUGUCACUGACUUUGGCUUAUGGGAGUCAGAGAACUUAGAUGAAGGUAACUUCAUCAUAUUCUCUAUCAGACAAAUAGGUGUUUCCCAUUGUAUAAGCCUGACCCCCCCCUCAGGCCACACAUGGGAAUUCUGCCAGAGAACAUCCAUAUUAGUUACAUCUUUGUACGAAACUUGACAGGAGUUACUUACCAUAUACAUUUGGGACCAUCCAAUGUUGCUUGUGAGUGCCCAGAAUAUAAGUUAUACAAAUGCAGGUAGUUCUCAAUAUCAGAACAACUCACCAAGAGAAGAAAGAGGCCCAGGUGCACCACCCUGUGCCUUCAGCAAAAGAAGCGGGUUAAAACCCAAAAAUUGUAGAGCAGGCCCUCAAAUUGUCUUCCAUCAGGCAAAGUAUGGAAAGUAAAAAUUAGCUACAAAUACUUAAUCCUCUAAAACGAACGGUCUCUCCCCAAUCCGGCAAUCAAAAAAAGGUCCCUCCUGCACCCUCAAAACGACAAUUUCCACAAAUACAUUUCUGUAUGACUCAAAGACCAUAGCUCAUUGAGAGGGAAACAAACAGAAAAAUAAUAUAGUGUAGUAUUUAAAAAUAAAUGAUUUCACAUGCACUGGGAUUUUUAUGUGCAUGUUUUGUUCCGUGCCACCUCAAAACAUAUAUAUCCUGUGAGAUACAAUUCCUUAACAAAGGGUGUUGUACUUUUUAUAGGUUAAAUUUACACCCGUGGUGUCUAGUUGUAGUUCAACAAGAGCCCGCACUCCGGUUCCUAGUGAGUCUGGCAGGCGAUCAUACUUACAAGAGGCAAGUUAGAAAAGGCAUUGGUAAUGAUAAGCGUUCCGGUUUGUUUCUUAUCUUCUUGCAUCCUUAGUGGGUAAAAUGAAGCAACGUGUGUGUUUAUACAGUUUUAAUGAAUAAAUAAGAUUACACUCUUCAGUAAAAUCGCUUUCAAAACAAUGCAGCACAUUCAUAUCCUAUUCUUUAGCGUCUUUCUCUGUCCAACUCGCUGAUCUCCGGCU